AUGUCCUUCUUCGUCCUCGACAUGAUCAGCGUAGUACCGAAGGUAUUCCAAGCAUGUCGAUGCUUCAGAGUGCAGGAUCAUGAAAGAGCACAUCUAGUGAGUGCCGACGACAAGAACCUGGCGAUUGCCAUCACACGAUACAUGGACAAGUUUAGUACCAAUUCAUUCAACCAGCCAGACUUCUAUCGAUACUACAAACGACAGAAUAUCGAUUGUGCUGUAAGUGGUGUGCGUGCUGAACGCUUUCACUACCUGAGCGAGGGAAAAGACAUGGUUUGCCGAUGCAAUAGGCAUGAGCACCUCAACUGCAGGAAGGUACACAGCCCGGAGAUCCAAGAGCUAUGCGCAGAGUUCUUCCAAAACAACGCCACGAAGACCACGUGUACUCGAGAACAGUGGCGAGCAUCGGGUAUCAGAGAUCCCGAGUCACUGCACAGGGUAUUAAUACAUUACACCGACUCGGAGCCUGUGAGCAAACUCUCGACACCAAGAAGGGACUAUUUUGAGUACGACUCGCCAUCCGUGGUCGAAACACUGAGGAAUCGUGAGAAAAGUUCUCCAAGCGCUAGUCAGCGUUCGUCGCGACCGUCUCCUGGCUUUCGUAGGCGCCACUCUAAAGAAAAUCCGCGUCCCUCAGGAGAUGUGGCCCACUUAAGCAAUGGACCGAACGGCGAGGCGGACAUCCCCGAGAAUGUGUGGCGCAUGAGUCAACCGUCUAUGUACCUUGAGCGACACAAGACUGAAUCACUCGUAAGUACACUGCUUGGCUCUUCGGCCACUUCCGUACAGCAAAAUGUCUACGUCGAUCCUGCACCGCGAGGAAACCAGCCUUCUAUCCUUGAUAUUGUUACUGAAGUUCGAGGGACGAGGUAUCCCACCGAUGUAUGGUACGACUUUUCGCAUAGCCCAGGCUCAUCCGGGCUAGGUAGUCCCAUCAAGUACCUGGGUCCUCAUGCGGCCUGCUCUCCCCGUUACAACUUUAGUUCUGUCAAGACUGAGCUUGAUAUCGCCGACCUCGAGAAGGUGACAGCUGCGAGGCACGUCGCCGAAUUGAGUGGUCGUGAGAACGUCGUCUGCUGGUCCGAGGAAGAGGUCGCUGCUGCGCAGCUGUGGCUGCUCAAGGAUUACGUCGACGCCCAUGCGGACGAGUUGUACCGAGAGUGGCGGCCAACGUGCUUCGAAGCCAGACUAGCAUAA